UAUUUAUUUUGAUUUUUGAAAAGUAAAGUAAAUUAAUUAUCGAAUACUAAAUUUAUUCUUUAACAAUUCUUGUUUAAAUUUAAAUAUAAACUACAUUGACAUAGUUGACUGAUACUAUGUAUUCAUCAAGUGAAGAAGAAUUAGUGUCAACAAAAAUUGAUGGCUGGUUAACAGAAGAAAACCGUCGUCCUUGUCCAUCCGAAUUGUAUCAUUUUAACUGUCCGUACACUUUACACGAGACUGAUCAAUUUCGAUUUAUGAAUCAACUUUGGACUGUAGGUGAUAUUGUGUCUGUAAAUGAUCCAAGAUCAAACAAAACCAUUUACGCACAAAUUAUUAAGCUAUAUGGAAAUGAAUUAUGUGAAAAACGAGCAAAAAUCAUGUGGUUGGUACCUAAAGCUAACACUAAGGUCACAGAUGAAUCAAAAAAGGUGCAUUAUGACACUUUCAAACCUAGUGAAUUUGUACACAUUUCUAUCGAUAGCAGAUUAGUACCCAUACAUGUCCUAAACUUUGUUAUGAAUGUUCCAAACUUAUUUGAGUAUAAAGAACAUAUUGGUACCAAUUACUUGGUCAAUACAAAUAUUUUAUCACAUGCAGAAAGAUAUGCAGAAUCUGAUGAAGACGAUGAACCAAAAUCCAAAAGUAAAGUCAGGCGACUACUUAACAAGUGAAUUAAAUGUAUGAUAUAUUGUAAACCAAAAUUAUCAUUGUUAAAUGUAUUCCUAUUUAAAUGUAUU